GGAGGUGAAGGAGUGGUGAAGAGGGAGGGAGAUCACCGCUUUCUUUUUUUCUCUCUUUCCCUCCAGCUCAGCGAGAGGAAAGGCAACACAGACAGAAGAGUACACUCUCCUCUGCUCCUUUCACACUGUUGGAUUCAUACGCUCCACCAGCCAAAGUUAUAUUGAUUGCUACUUCUGUCUGGGAGUCCUGCUGCUGAUUUGGACCUGGAGACCCCCUGCCCUGUCCUAGCUGCUUUGUCCCUGCUCAGGAUGACAGGCUGUGCAAAGCGCUGCAAACAGGGAAUUAUCAAAUUUGCCCUGUCCCUGCACAAACUGGUCACUGGAACUCUCAGUAAAGACAAAGCUGAUGAUGACUUGGAGGUGACCAUGGUGUGCCAUCGGCCGGAGGGCCUUGACAAGUUAGAAGCUCAAACUAACUUCAGCAAAAGAGAGCUCCAAGUGCUCUAUCGGGGCUUCAAGAAUGAGUGUCCCAGUGGCAUUGUUAACGAGGAAACCUUCAAGCAAAUAUACUCACAGUUCUUCCCACAUGGAGAUGCCAGCACCUACGCACAUUUCCUGUUCAAUGCAUUUGACUCAGCACAUACCGGCUCCAUAAAGUUUGAGGACUUUGUAACAGCUCUCUCCAUCCUGCUGAGGGGAACCAUCACUGAGAAGCUACAGUGGACCUUCAACCUUUACGACAUCAACAGAGAUGGAUACAUCAACAAAGAGGAGAUGACGGACAUCGUCAGAGCCAUUUACGACAUGAUGGGGAAGUUCACUUACCCCGUCUUGAAAACUGAUGCACCCAAACAGCAUGUGGAUGCCUUCUUUCGGAAAAUGGACAAAAACAGAGACGGCGUGGUCACUCUUGAUGAAUUCAUCCUUUCUUGUCAAGAGGAUGAAAACAUCAUGAGGUCCCUACAGCUCUUUGAAAAUGUCAUCUAGAAGUGUGGACGCUGCGAGAGAUAAGAGCACAACAGAACAAAGACGGAGAGGAAGAAGAGUCAAACAAGUGAGAAAAAACAAAGAUAUCGGCGGUCAGUGCGGGAAAGUUGCCUCAGAAGCUUCAUGGGAGACUUCCUUCUGUAACCAAACCAUGGAGACAAACCAUCACUGGUUUUGGAGAAGUCCUUCAGACUUAAACUCUUCGUUUGAUCUUGUCUCUGUCUCUAUUUUUUUUGUUGCUGUUUGCCCAAUGACAGACACUUUGAACAUUGUGUAAAUACUGAUUCUCUUUAAAAUAAUUUUCUGAAACAUGUAAAUUAAACCAGACUAUCAGGCUGGAGAGGAAUUCCUUGAAGCAGCUUAGCAGGAAUGUCAAAUAAAUGUAACCAUGGGGCUUAAAUAUCAGCUUUUUUCAUCUUGAAUUUCUGUGUCAAUAAAACAGUGUGGGCAAUAUUGUGAAGCAUGCAGGGCAGAGGCCUGAGGAAUGUUUACUGUACAGUAUGUGUGCCGUACAAAUACCCUGUUGCAGUUCACUCUUUCUAAGUACAUACAUUUUGGGAAGCAAAGGUCCGAGUGGAGACGUCUUGUGUGUCUUUAGAUCCAUGUGAUUCAGCCACAGUCCUGUGAAGAUUUGCAGAGCUGAAUAUGUCCUGAAUAUGUCCUCCUUGUGACAGUCUACGUCUCUUGACAGCUUGCAACAGUCUUCAAUGUUCCUCUUGUGUGUGUCUGCGUGUGUGUGUGUGUGUGUGUGUGUGUGUGUGUGUGUGUACGUGUGUGUUAGAGUGGUUUUUGUCAGUGUUUUAAUGUAUAACAACCCAACUUCAGAUAUUUAAUGUGGUGUUUGUGGAUUUUUCUCGCUCUAUAAAGCAUUUGUGUCUGUCUAUCUUUCUGUCAAAUUAAACCUAACUGUAAUGAUUUUAUGUGACACUUUUUAUGAAAUAAAGAGUUCAUUUAAAGGUUUCCAGGCGUAAAAAAAGCAGACAAAUGCAGGGACGUGCGUGUGUGUGUGUGUGUGUGUGUGUGUGUGUGUGUGUGUGUGUGUGUGUGUGUGUGUGUGUGUGUGUGUGUGUGUGUGUGUGUGUGUGUGUGUGUGUGUGUGUGUGUGUGUGUGUGUGUGUGUGUGUUGUCCUUAUGUAAAGUGUCUGUCAGCCUGAAUAAUGUUUAAGUCAUUUUAUGAGCAUGUUGCUUCAUCUUGUGGACGCUGCUAUCUGUCAGUUUGAGAUGACCAAGUAUCUGAGAGGAGAGUUUCUUCGUCAGUUCUGUCUGUUGGAAAAUAUUGACUGAGAGCAACCAACGUUUCACUGUGAGGGAGAGACAGCGGAGCGGGGCUAAAGGAGGAGGGAGUGUAAGGGGAAGACAGAUGACGAGAGAGACCUUUCACUGAUUCUGGAGGAAUGGAAGCCAUGUUUCAAACGAGAACUAUUGUGUUGAGGAUUGAGCAGGACAAAACACAGAUUUAUAGAUGAUUUACUGUCAUGCCCACUCACUGUGCUACCAAUAGUGUGAUAGAACUCCGGCUCAUAUCAAAUGUACCCAGACAUAGACAGACAGGAAGAUAAACAGACAGCUUAAAACUGUCCGAAUAAAAUCAUGUGCGUUGUAGAAUACAAAAUCAUUAUAUUCAUCAAUAAACUUUUCAAGAAACUAAAUU